AUGUGGAUUGCCAACUGCAUGGAUACAGUGGGAGAUGCCAACAUCAGUUCUGGGAGGUCCUUUGUGUUGGGCUGGCCCACGGUAAACUUUGUGGCCACCUUCAGAUUCAGGCCAGAAGACCAUGAAAAGCACUGUUUUCAGAGACUGGGCCUUUUGGUGGCGCGCUGGCACUUGCCAGAAAAACCACUGCAGAGUUGCACCAUCUGCAAAACCACGACAACCAUUGGGGUUUCCCUCACAGGUAUCUGUGAUAAGGACAACUUGCCCUUCCCAAUACUGGAUAUGCUUUCCGUGAUCAAUCGGAAAGGACCACUCCUGGAAGGCAUCUUCAGAAAACCAGCCUGUAUAAAUUCAUGCAGAAACCUAAAAGAGAAACUAAAUUCUGGGGACAGAGUUAACUGUUACAGCAAAUCUGUUCAUGUGGUAGCAUGUGUUUUAAAGGAUUUUCUUGAAAAUAUCGAAGGAAGUUUACUUUCAUCCAAACUCUAUGAAAAAUGGCUUGGUGUUCUUAACGAAGUGACUGAGAAGGAAAAAAUAAAUGCAGCCCAGAGGCUUCUAACACAGCUGCCUAAAGCGAAUGUUGUUCUCUUGCGAUACCUUUUCGGUGUGUUAUACAACAUUGAGCAACAAUCCUCAUCCAAUCAGAUGACAGCUUAUGAUUUAUCAGUGUGUAUAGCCCCAAGCAUUCUUUGUCCACUUAAUUCCUGCAGCUUGGAAUUGGAAGACAACUUCAUUAAAAAGGCUUCUCUUGUACAGUUUUUGAUCGAAAAUUGCCUCAAGAUAUUUGGAGAAGACAUCACUUCUCUCUUGGGAGAGAAUUCAAAGAGUUGUCAUAACAAUGAGAAGGCUGCAGAUUCAGUCCAGAACAAGUUGAAAAGCACUUCUUUUAGAGACUCGGCCUUUUGCCAGCGCAUUGGCACUUCCCAGUACAACCAGUGCACAGCUCUACUGUCUGCAAAACCAGGACAGCUCUUUGGAGUUUCCCUUACGGAUAUCUUUGAUAAGGACAUCAUGCCCUUACCAAUACUGGAUAUGCUUUCCUUUAUCAAUGAGAAAGGACCACUCACAGAAGGCAUAUUCAGAAAACCAGGUAGUAUAAAGUCAUGCGGAAUCCUAAAGAAGAAACUGAAUUCUGGAGACAGAGUGAGGCAUUACAGCAAAUCUGUUCUUGUGGUAGCAUUUGUUUUAAAGGAUUUUCUUGAAAAUAUCGAAGGAAGUUUACUUUCAUCGGACCUCUAUGAAAAAUGGCUUGGUGUUCUUGACGAAGUGACUCAGAAGGAAAAAAUAAAUGCUGCCCAGAGGCUUCUAACACAGCUGCCAAAAGUGAAUGUUGUUCUCUUGCGAUACCUUUUCGGUGUGUUAUACAACAUUGAGCAACAAUCCUCAUCCAAUCAGAUGACAGCUUAUGAUUUAUCAGUGUGUAUAGCCCCAAGUAUUCUUUGUCCACCUAAUUCCUGCAACUUGGAAUUGGAAGACAACUUCAUUAAAAAGGCUUCUCUUAUACAGUUUUUGAUUGAAAAUUGCCUGGAUAUUUGGAGAAGACAUCACUUCUCUCUUGGGAGAGAAUUCAAAGAGUUGUCAUAA